CGAUAUUCCUCAAUUGCAAUCAGUUUCCCAUUCCUCCGCUCUCGACCGGGGAGGUCUGAGGCUGCAGAUCAAACCCCGAACCACGGGCCCUUAGUCAGCGUCCGAUAUCGGGUAGCUCCGGCGCUGCUUUCCCGCACAACCGGUCGCACAUGACGCGAGCUCCGCCGAUGGUGGUGCACGGCGCCGAGCACUACCCGUCGGUGCGACAUCCCUGCGGUGAAGUAGCAUCGUUGGCUAACGUUAGCUAACAACAUCGAUCUCCCUGCUUCUCCACCCCUUCCUCCUGUUUGACCCCCGCUACAGAUCUGUCAUAGUAGUACUAAUUUAAUAACUAAACAACUGGACUGCUGAGGGUUAACGCCCUCGGCGACCUACAAUUAACGAGCGCUGGAAGCCCUCGCUUUUGCUCCUAUAACGUUUGCGAGUAUAGAGUUGAUUUGGAGAUUUAGGCGUUAUAUUUAGAUGGGCGACCAUUGAUUUGUCUCUGUGGUAUUCAUGGGUCCACUCUUGCUCUACCUCAACACCCCGCUGCCUCUUAGUUGUGUGUAACCUCAACCGCCCCAUCAACCAAAUUUUGCCCCCUGCCCUUCAAAUCUCAUCGACAAGUUGCUUCACUGUUCUGACAGUCCGAUGAAGGUGCAGGACUUGAGGGCAUCUGUUAAUUCCAGUUCGACAUCUCCAGUUUUCUCUCAGUUGUUCCUCUUUUCUUAACAAUCUAGCUUCAGAGGGAAAGCAACAGGCUGGCCUAUGUGCACCUAAACAAACUAAGUUACAAGCCCCCUAAAAAUCUGUGGCCACUACCCCAGCAGAUCCACACAGCACCCGAGCCUCGGGUCUCGCCAUGCCGGGUCCAGUGGCCGGAAGCAAAUCCCGUGUGUACGCAGAUGUCAACACGCUGAAGAGCCGGGAGUACUGGGACUACGAGGCCCAUGUACCCAACUGGAACAACCAGGAGGACUACCAGCUGGUCCGUAAACUGGGCAGAGGAAAGUACAGUGAAGUCUUUGAAGCAAUUAACAUCACCAACAAUGAGAAAGUGGUUGUCAAGAUCCUAAAGCCAGUCAAGAAGAAGAAGAUCAAGCGAGAGAUCAAGAUCCUGGAAAACCUCAGGGGCGGUACCAACAUCAUUCGACUGGUGGACACAGUCAAAGACCCAGUGUCCAGAACUCCUGCGCUUGUCUUUGAAUGCAUCAAUAACACAGACUUUAAGGAAUUAUACCAGAAGUUGACAGAUUAUGAUAUCCGUUUUUAUAUGUAUGAACUACUGAAGGCUCUGGACUACUGUCACAGUAUGGGAAUCAUGCACCGUGAUGUUAAACCCCAUAACGUUAUGAUUGACCACCAGUUGAGAAAGCUGCGCCUUAUAGACUGGGGUUUGGCAGAGUUUUACCAUCCAUCCCAAGAGUACAACGUCAGAGUGGCUUCACGAUACUUCAAAGGCCCUGAACUCCUGGUGGACUACCAGAUGUAUGAUUACAGUCUAGAUAUGUGGAGCUUGGGCUGUAUGCUGGCCAGUAUGAUUUUUCAGAAAGAGCCCUUCUUCCAUGGUCAAGACAACUAUGACCAGUUGGUGCGAAUUGCCAAAGUCCUCGGGACAGAUGAGUUGUUCGGCUACCUGCGUAAAUACCACAUUGAACUUGACCCACGCUUCAAAGACCUGUUGGGACAGCAGAGCAGGAAACACUGGGAACAGUUUGUGCAGACAGAGAACCAGCACCUGGUGAGUCCUGAAGCCCUGGACCUUCUGGACAAGUUGCUACGCUAUGACCAUCAACAGAGACUGACAGCCACAGAGGCCAUGGAGCACCCCUACUUUUACCCAGUUAUAAAGGAACAGUCUCUGUCAAACUCAGACAGCAAUAUGGUUUCGAGUGGCAACACUACAACACGAUGAGGCUCAGGAGUUGAAAAAGGAGAAUGUUUGUUACCUCAGCUUUGUACCCAGUUGUGACAGCUACUAUAAGUGUACAGUGACAAUGGAACAAAGUAACUCUGACCAGUUACUCACUCAAAGAUAAGUGAAUAGGAAUACACACAUCAAGACAAACUCACAGAUCAAUGCAAGCACACCCUUUCUACAAAUACACUUGCAGACAAGUAUACGUAUACCCUGUGUAUCAGUUUGCAGGUGCCUUGCCCUGUUUUCAUGUCAAUUGCCCUUAAUAAUGAGCUUGAUGCUGCUUCCUUAUCUUUCCCUGAAACAAAUGGUCCCUCUCUCCCAGACCAAUCUCAAGCAAGUUGUCAAGAACAUACUACUUUUAUAAACAAUUUAGUCUUAGCUCUCUGUCAUCCCUCCUCCUUCCCCUUUUAUUUGCAUAAGCAUGGAGAAUGAACAGGAGUGUGAGUUUGUAAACAUCUCUUUCCUCUUCCCUGCAACCAUGCCUUACCAGUUAAUUCAUGGGUAUGUCUGUCCCCCAAUCCAUUCUACCCCAGCAAACAGACAGACAAUCUUAGCAUUACUCCAGUUCUGAAAAAGGCAUGGUGGACUUUAAAUAUAAGGAUGAUGACAAUAGUGAUAUUAAUGAAAAAUAAACGAUUUUUAUUUAGAUGAA